AUGUGGAAUGGCUCUGGGAAGAGUGCCUCAGGUCUUAUUGGAGCAGGAGGGGUUAUUCGCGAUUCCUCUGGUGUUUGGAUUGCUGGCUUUGCUGUGAACUUGGGUCAAGGCCAGAUUUUGGAGGUUGAGCAAAUUGGUACAUUGAAUUGUCACCCUCUUGCUGUGUUGGUGGAUAGCUGUUGUGUUCUUAUGAGGCGUAUUGGCCACUGUCACCUUGCUUAUGUUUACAGAGAUAGAAUUUUGUAG